CGGGCCAGUAGCUAUUCAACUCGGGUGAAUUCCGGUCCUGGAUGAGCAAUCCGGAUAGUCUGAUCUGGUUGCGCGGCCUGUCGGGAUGUGGGAAAACUGUUCUAAGUUCCACUAUCAUCGAGUACCUUCGAGCUUCCCUGCCAGAAGAUGCUUCUGUAGCGGGGUAUUACUUCAACGCGAGAGAAGAUGAGAAGCGAAACGUUUCUAGGCUGCUUCUCUCUCUACUAUUGCAACUGUGGCCGGCCGAGGCCGAUUUGCCUCCCAAUUUACAGAAGCUGUUUAAGAAGACUUUCUCACAGGAGUUUUCGAAUGACGACUUACUCGAGGGACUAGAAAUCUUGAUUGAAACACUAGGGCACACUUAUAUAAUCAUUGAUGCUCUGGACGAAUGCAGUGUCUCUUUUCGAAGUGGGGAAGAGUCAGAGGUAGAAAAGCUAGUGAAAUUUUUGCGCUGGCUCGUAGACACUAACCCUUCCAAGCUUCAUCUCUUAGUCACCAGUCGAGAUGGAGGUUCUGCGAAUCUUGUGGACAGAGUGUUAAUUGACAUCAUCCAGAAAGGAACGGCAGACGGCCUUUGCUGCCACAUAAUCGAUUUACAGACCAAUAAGAUGAAGACCAAGAUCGAGAAUGAUAUCGGAAAUUUUGUCGCCCUGGAAAUGAAGCGCUGGAAUGCCCACAAAGGUAGAACUUGGCUUCCUUUGGAUACAGAAAGAGAGAGGCAGAUCAAGGAAGCUGUCGUCGGCAGAGCAAGCGGAAUGUUCCGCUUGGCAGCCUGCCUGCUAGACCUGUUGUGGAAACAGGGAACCUGGGCGGAGCUUAAUUCAGCAUUAGAUAACCUACCUUCGGAGCUAUCUGAAGUAUAUGACCGCAUAUUGAACGAUAUAAAAGGCCAAGGACAGAUGGAAAGGGCCUCUAUUCUCCUCCGGAGGCUAUUGUACUCGGAGCGUCCGUUGACCAUCAAGGAGAUGGCAGAAGUCACAAUGGCAGAUCCUCAAGGGUCCUCAUUUGAUCCUAACAGUGGCGCAGAGGAUGAGAGCUAUAUCUCCCUAACACUUUCUAGUUUUGUCACGAUAUCCAAGGACAAUUUCGUUCAAUUUGCACAUCAAACUGUCAAGGCAUAUCUCCUUGCCCAGACCACAGAAGAGGGAAGCAGCUCUGCGGAGUGCAUGACUCGACAGCAUCCCAAUGAGUGCGCACUCCUGGAAUACGCUAUCAACAAUUGGUACGGGCAUGUCGUUCGAGCAUGGGAAGUUUCCACCACAAAUGGUGUAUCCGAUGAGUCCCAGCAUUCACUAGACGCAAGUGCACAGAAAGAGCUCAUCCAUCGGGGGACAUCACACAUGCAUGGAUUAGCCGGUGGGCUCCAGCCUAAUUCGAACCUUGAGACUAGAAAACUAUCUCUAUCCGAAUGGGCAGACAUUAUUAAAUUACGACUCGAAAAGAUGGCCUCUAUUGACUCUAUGCUGAACCGCAAUGCCCUGAACGAUAUUGCGUGCGAAGGGUACCAGAAGUUCAUGGAGGCUAUUGUGAAAAUACUCGUGGAGAUGGGUUUGGAUAUCAAUCAGCAGGAUAGCUAUGGACGGACGGCAUUACACAUGGUGUCUUUUCAAGGGCACACGAAUAUAGCAGAGCUUCUGUUAGAUAAAGGCGCUGAUAUUCAUGUCAAAGACAGUAACGGUCGGACGGCACUCCAUACCGCGGCUUCUCAAGGACACGACACAAUGACUCAGUUGUUGCUGGAAAGGGGGACUGAUAGUGGCGUCAAAAAUAAACUUGGAUGGACGGCACUAGAUCUCGCAAUUCAGAAAGUAGUAACCGAUUUCAAUCCGCGAGAUACUCGAGUCAAUAUGGUUUACCACAGAAGAGCAUUAAAACGCUGGAUCUAUACCAAGGACUUCAUGGCAACGGCCCAGAUUAGAGAGGUGGAGGUGUAUAAUGGAACGGUGACGUUUACGACAUCGUAUAUUAAACAGUUAUCUCUAUAUGCAGGCUCCGUGAAUUUUUUGAAGACGGCUCAGAUUGAUGAAGUGGUAGUGUACGAGAGAACGGUGACUUUCUCAAAGUCCUGUGUUGGAAGGUUGACGCUCUACGAGGGCUCAGCGAAUUUCUUGACAACAGCACAGAUCAGAGAAGUGAGGGUUUAUUCAGGAAACGUGGAUUUCAUUUACGAAAUCCACAAACAUAUGAUGCAGCUUUUUCUGGGAGAAAGGGAGAACGAACGGAGUGCCAUAUCUGAAAGGAGAACGGUACAGAUCAGAAGGGUAGUGUUACUUGGAGGAUCUUUCAAUCCUGCAUCGAACUUGGAAGGAAAGGUAAUAAAUCCUAGUGGGAUUGUCAAUUUGAUCUGCAACACAACACCGUUGCACCUUGCGGCGGAAAGGGGACACAAUACUAUAGCGAUGCUACUGCUUGAGCAUGGAGCAGACCCUAAUGCCAAAGACGGCACAUGGUCUGCUCAAAUUGGACACCACAGGAUCAACAAAUCUAAUAUAUGGACGGCAUUGCAUGCAGCUGCUUAUUAUGGGCACGAGACGAUUGUCCAACUGUUGAUUGAGAAGAAUGCUGAUGUGCUUUUACAGGAUGACCAUGGAUGGACAGCAUUACAGAUCGCGGUUGAACUGGGCCACGAGAGGAUUAUACGGCUGUUAGAAAAGAAGACUGUCGGAACUCAUACUAAUGUAGCGCGAAGAAUCAUCUUGACGGUUGCCGAGAAGAUGUAUAAUACCUUAUUUUGCGGGUGGUUAUAA